AUAUUACAUUUUGAUUGGUUGAUAUCUUGAAAGGGUAAAUACCCCCUAAACAAGAGAAGGUAAUCUAGGCCUCACCAAAAAAUUGUGUGUUUACUUUUUGCAAGUGUUUGACUUAUAUUUUCAAAAUAAAAACUACUUUUAUGGGUUGCUCAAACAAGGCUUUUUGGACAUUUUUGAACAUGUUAGGAAAACCCUUUCCAAAAGCAACGUCCUAUAGUUUACAAUUUCAAAUACAAUUUGACCAUUUAUUUACUCUUUACAAUUUAUAUUGUAAAAACCGCCUUAGUAACAUUGGAUACUUGAUACAAAAAACCUAACGACAGGCCUGCAACAUUGUUUGGAUGUUGUGUUUUGUUUCUUUGCGGUUCAAACUUUUCUGGUUACAGUUAAACAUCCUUUGGCUUAUCUAAACUCAUUCUCUAAUUUCUAAUAUAAAAAAGACCUGAAUUUACAUGCAAAAGCACAAAGGCAGUGUCUCAGCCACAACAAUGGAUAAACCACUCAAACUUUACUUCAUUCCAUACUUAGCAGCAGGGCACAUGAUCCCUUUAUGUGACAUAGCUUCUCUCUUUGCUUCACGUGGUCACUUUGUUACAAUCAUAACCACUCAUUCAAAUGCUAAAAUCCUUCCCAAAUCUAACAACAACUUCAACUUUCAAACCUUUCAAUUCCCUUCCCAAGAAGUUGGCCUCCCCGAUGGCAUCGAAAACCUCUCUUCCGUCAGUACCAUCGAUGAAGGCUGGAAAAUCUACCAUGCCACCACACUGCUCCACGGACUAAUUGAGAAUUUCGUGGAGCAGCACCCACCUGAUUGCAUCGUGGCGGAUUUUUUAUUCCCGUGGGCUGAUGAGCUAGCAAAGAAGCUGCACAUUCCGAGAUUCGUGUUCAACGGUUUCUCACUCUUUACCAUAUGUGCCAUGGAAUCCCUCAAAUUGCACCCUCUCCCUGAGGAUGCUUCUGGUUCUUUUGUUAUUCCGAAUUUUCCUUACGAUAUUGUCAUUAAUUCAACACCACCCUUGGAGUCCAAGUCUUUUAUGGAUCCUCUGCUCACCGUAGCGCUCAAAAGCGAUGGCUUCAUCAUCAAUAGCUUUGUGGAGCUGGAUGGAAAAGAGUAUGUUGAGUAUUACGAGAAAACCAUCGGUCACAAGGCUUGGCAUCUUGGUCCGGCCUCUCUUGUUCGCAAAACUACUCAAGAGAAGGCAAAUAGAGGAGGGGAAAGCGAAAUGAGCGUGCAAAAGUAUUUGAAUUGGUUGAACUCGAAGCAAGAUAACUCAGUGCUUUACAUUAGCUUUGGAACAAUUUGUUACUUCCCAGAUAAGCAAUUGUAUGAGAUUGCAAGCGCGAUAGAAGAAUCAGGUUAUGAAUUCAUAUGGGUUGUCCCAGAAAAGAAGGGGAAGGAGAACGAGAGUGAUGAGGAGAAGGAAAAAUGGUUACCCAGGGAGUUUGAAGAGAGGAAUAAGGGGAUGAUUGUAAGGGGAUGGGCGCCGCAGAUGGUUAUAUUAGGGCAUCCUGCCGUUGGCGCGUUUUUGACACAUUGUGGGUGGAACUCUGUGACGGAGGCUAUUAGUGUAGGGGUUCCGAUGAUCACGUGGCCGGUGCAUAGUGAUCAGUUCUACAAUGAGAAGCUCAUAACUCAUGUGCGUGGGAUAGGAGUGGAAGUAGGUGCAGAUGAGUGGAUCACAACAGCUUUUCGAGAUAUGAAAAAGUUGGUGAAGAGAGAUUUUAUAAAGAAGGCUAUGAGAAGGUUGAUGGAUGGGGGUGAUGAAGCUGUCCAAAUUAGAAACAAAGCCCAAGAGUUAGCAAAAAUUGCUAAAGAUGUUGUUCGUGAAGGUGGCUCAUCUCAUGACAAUUUGACGACUUUGAUUGAUGAACUUAAGCAUUUAAGAGACAAUAGGGUGCCUAAACAACUAUGAUGUCAUUUUCCCACAAUUUUUUUUUUUUUUGGUCAAGUAGCCUAGUGGCUAGAGCUCACACAAUUUAAUUGUGGAGAAGUGGAGUGUCCGGGGUUCGAACCCCGACUCCUGCAUAUAAUUGCACUCACAAUUUUAAUAGUCAUAGUAUAAUUAAUUGUUUUUUAUACGACAUAAAAUACGAAGAAAAAAAUAUGUACUAUUAUUGCACUCACUCGUCUUAUAAGAGAAA